CUAAUCCUCCAAUAAAAUAGUUGAUGCAGUUAAGGUACAGAGUAUAUAAACCUCUGUAGAGCUAGAUGAAUUUAUUAGAUCUCAAGUGACAGUUCAUCACCAUGAUGCUCUUUCAGCUAAUACCGUUUUUUUUGGCUGCGCAAGUUAGCGACAAAGAAACAUGGAAAUUCGGGCCAGAGUAUACUUUUUCCGGAGAAGUUAAGAUGAUAACUUCUCUGGACAGUGAUAAAGGUCAAUAUCUUGGUACCGGUCUCUAUUUAAAACUCAAAUGUCGGCCACGCGAGCCCGACGUUCUCCGAUGUAAAAUGGACGACACAAAGAUCACCCGGCUGAAUGUCCAAGACGGAUUCAAUCCAGAAAAAGCAACACCGGCUGCCAACGAAACUUACCGCCCGUUCAAUGCUAUCGAAGUCCCGUUUGAAAUAAAAUUCAACGACCGAGGAAUCGAAAGUUACGUGCUCGAGAAGAGCGAUCCAGUUUUGCCGGAUUUCUGUGUCAACAUGGCGCGGUUGGUCGCCAAUCAAUUGAUCAUUGGAACAGAUCUUUCGGACACGAUGAAGCCAACAUACAGGUCUUUUGAAAACUUUACAGUCGGCGAGUGCGACGUCGACUUUAAAGUCACUCGAUCUCCGUUCAAAGAUGAAGCCAGUAAGGAGAAUAAAUUUGAUUUAUCUCCGCUGGAAAAAUUGGGAAAGCUCAACGGCGAAAUCAUGCUAAUUGAGAAGAAAAGAAAUGUUAAAGAGUGUCUCAGAUGUGUCGCUCCUUUCUUUGGUACUCGUUAUACUCUUGGGCUUGUCUACAGAGAUGUUUUGAGUCUUCUGAAAACAUCAGACAGCAAGAUAGAAAUCUCCAAAAAUAAAUUUUUAAGUGAAACAAACAACGAGAACGACCUUUACGAUCAGAACCGGAAGAAACUGGGCAAAGUUUUGGACCACGUGAAGCUAACUCUCGAGUCUAUUUUUCCGGCCAAGGAUCAGCUUCCGACUUUCAAUAGCCCGAUCAUCAAAGGAGUUCUUCCUGAUAAAUGUGACAAAGAUCCCAAUAGUCAAUACUAAUAAUUAAUUAAUUAAUACAGUUUUAUAAUGUAAAUCAAUGCCUAUUAUGUAUCCGUAUUUGUUAAGAAAAUAAAGGAAUUAAUCAUA